GUAAUUAUAGUUAUCUGAUUAAUCUCAUUUAUUUAAAGAAUUAUUUACGUGAACAAUUGAACAAAUAAAUUGUAUAGAUUGUUGGUGUGCUUCUCAAGCCCCAAACAACACGUUCCAGUCUACAUGACUUCCCUUCCCCUUCCCCUUCUAGUCCGGCGAAAGCUACGAAACAUGCACUUAUGUGAGGGCCUCCAAAGUCUUAAGUAAAAGUCUUCGAGUCACCAACUGAAAAUUUUCCAAUUUCCCUACUUUCAAACUAUAGAGGAUUAAAGUCUAAAAUGUCGGUAAUGACUUGACUAUGCUCUGUGAUUCGAGGAGGCAUUCACAAUUCUCACCCACACCAUGAAGAGAAGCAACAGGACAUCGAUGAAAGGCUCUUCCAUACCUUCUUUCCUCUACUCUUUAACUUUCUCCAUCUUAACAAUCUCCAUCAACGCAUUACAAUUCGAUACCAUUACCAAAACCCAAUUCAUUACAGAUGGUGACACCAUAGUCUCACCUAAUGGCAGCUUUGAAUUGGGUUUCUUCAGCCCCAGCAAUUCCCAGAAUCGAUACCUGGGAAUAUGGUACAAGAAAAUUUCAACUGGGACUGUAGUUUGGGUUGCCAACAGAGACACCCCAAUCCCUGAUAAAACUGGUGUCUUGAAGAUCACUGACCCUGGAAUUCUAGCUCUUCUCAAUGAAUCCAAUCACACCAUAUGGUCUUCCAAUUCCUCAAUCUCCCCACAGAACCCAGUUGCUCGACUUCUCGAAUCAGGCAAUCUUGUUGUGAAUGAUGAAAGAAACCCUGAUACAGAGCAUCUCCUCCUCUGGCAGAGUUUUGAUUAUCAGGGUAAUACUUUCUUACCCGGUAUGAAGAUUGGGAAGAACUUUGUGACUGGUAAAGAAUGGUACCUCUCGUCUUGGAAGACCAAGGAUGAUCCAUCUCAAGGCGGGUACACAUACCGGUUGGAUCUUCGCGGGUAUCCGCAAAUUGUUGUGAGCAAUGGUUCCACUGAUCUGUUUCGUUCUGGGUCCUGGAAUGGAGUCCUAUUCGGUGGGCCAAAAUUUAGACCCAAUCCAAUUUACAAAUUCCAAGUGGUUUUUGAGAAGGACCAGGUGUAUUAUAGUUAUGAGCUAAUUAACAGCUCUGUUGUUUCGAGGUUGGUUUUGAAUCCGAAUGGCCUUGCAGAGCGAACGACAUGGAUUGAUCAAGCCCACGGUUGGGUACAUUACCUGACCGUUCCACAAGAUAAUUGUGACACUUUUAAAUUGUGUGGUCCAUAUGGUAUUUGUAACAUUGAUACUUCCCCUGUUUGUGGUUGUUUGAGUGAUAAAUUUGUGCCCAAAGACUCUAAAAAUUGGGAUAUGACAGAUUGGUCGAGUGGGUGUAUUCGGAGGACACCAUUGGAUUGCCCGAGUGAUGGGUUUGUCAAGUUUUCUGGUCUAAAAAUGCCAGACGCACGACAAUCCUGGUAUAACACUACCAUGACACUUGAUGAAUGCAGAGAGGUAUGCUCGAAAAAUUGCACUUGCACGGCUUAUACAAAUUUAGACGUGAGAGGCAGUGGAAGCGGCUGCUUGCUUUGGUUUGAUGACUUGAUUGAUUUGAGAGUGUUCAGUGACAAUGGGCUUUAUAUUUACAUCAGGAUGGCUUCCUCCGAUUCAGAUUCAACAGGCCAACAAGUUGUCUACCAUAGCAACAAGAGAACGAUAAUCAUCUUGAGCUUGGCAUUGUUCUUUGGGUUGCUACUAAUUGGUCUGAGCCUUGCCUUUUAUGUCCGGCAAAAGAAGAAGAAAUAUUCGCACCUAAAUAGAGAAGGACGUAUGGAACACAACUCCGAACAAACUUAUCCUAACAAAAGCCAGAAGGAAGAUCUAGAGUUGCCAUUGUUUGACUUAGCUACAAUAGUUGAUUCUACAAAUAACUUUUCAAUCGAUAAUAAGAUUGGACAGGGUGGAUUUGGAACUGUUUACAAGGGAAUGUUGGAAGAUGGACAAGAAAUAGCAGUUAAGCGGCUCUCAGAGAAUUCGAGACAAGGAAUUAAGGAGUUCAAGAAUGAAGUUAUUUGUAUUGCCAAACUUCAACACCGAAAUCUUGUAAAGCUUUUAGGAUGCUGUAUUCAAGAAGAAGAAAAUAUCUUGGUCUAUGAAUACAUGCCAAAUAAAAGCCUAGACUCCUUCAUUUUUGAUAGAACCCAAAGAACAUUAUUGGAUUGGCACCAGCGCUUCCAAAUUAUUAAUGGGAUUGCUCGGGGGCUUCUUUAUCUUCAUCAAGAUUCCAGAUUACGAAUUAUUCAUAGAGAUCUCAAAGCUAGCAAUGUUUUGCUAGAUAUUGGCAUGAACCCGAAAAUAUCUGACUUUGGAAUUGCUAAAAGUUUUGGAGGAAAUGAGUUGGCAGGAAAUACAAAAAGAGUGGUCGGAACAUACGGCUACAUGUCUCCAGAAUACACAAUAGAUGGGCUAUUUUCAGUAAAGUCAGAUGUAUUUAGUUUUGGUGUGUUGGUGCUAGAGAUAAUGACCGGGAAGAAAAAUAGAGGAUUUUGUCAUCCAGAUCAUCACCUUAACCUCCUUGGUCAUGCAUGGAUACUCUAUAAAGAAGGUAGGUCAAUGGAAUUGAUUGAUGAAUCUCUAAGGGACUCAUGCGAGCUAUCUGAAGUGUUGCGAUCAAUCCACGUGGGUCUUUUAUGUGUGCAACAAUGUCCUGAAGAUAGGCCGAGCAUGUCAACGGUGGUUCUGAUGUUGGGCAGUGAUGGUGCAUUGCCUCAGCCUAAACAGCCUGGCUUUUUCACUGAAAGGAAUUUGCAUAAGGCUGACUGUUCAUUGAGUAAGGAUGCUGCAAAUUCAACCAGCGAAAUCACCAUCAGCAUUUUACAUGCCCGAUAGAAACAGAUUGUUUUGAUAUUUUACUUGUACUUGUUAUUCUUCCUCUCAAUCUAAAAAUGUAAAAAAUUCUUACAGAAUGAUAUGAUAAUAACAAUUUUUUUUUUUCAAUCA